AUGUGUUUGUCUUUUGCUCCAGAGACAGAAGCUGAGGAGACAGCUGCGGCAGCUGCUGCUGCUGCUGAGAUAGCAGCAGCACCUGCGCCUGCAGCAACCGCUGCUGCUGCUGCUGCUGCUGAUCCUGCUGCUGCUGUUGCUGCUGCUGCUGCUGCAGAUGAUAGGACUGCUGCAGCACCAGCGCAGGCAGAAAUAGAGGCAGCCGCUUCAACAGCAGCAGCAGCAGCAGUUGCUGCUGCUGCUGCUGUUGCUUCGUCUCUUAACUCAUCACCCAGGGGCCCCGCAGCGCUUGCUGCUGCUGCUGUUGCUGCAGCAGCAACAGCAGCAACUCGCCGGGCUUCUCACCUCAGCUCAGCAUCUGUUGCAGCAGCUGCUGCAGCACAUACUGCUCCGGCUGCUGACGUUGCUGCUGCACUAUCUGCUGCAGCUGCUGCAGCAGAUGACGCUUCUGUUGCUGCUGCUGCUGCAGCAGAUGACGCUGCUGUUGCUGCAGCUGCUGCAGCAGAUGACGCUGCUGUUGCUGCAGCUGCUGCAGCAGAUGACGCUGCUGCUGCUGCAGCUGCUGCAGCAGAUGGCGCUGCUGCUGCUGCAGCAGAUGCUGACGAGCAGCAAAUGUCUUCUUCGAGGUCUGAGGAGACAGCUGAGCAUUCAUUUGCUGCAGCUGCUGAAUCUAUCAGCAGCAGCAGCAGCAGCAGCAGCAAAAGCAGCAGCAGCAGCAGCAGCAGAGGCGCAGCAGAAGACGAAAUGAUGAAUAACAAACAAAGAGCAGCAGAAACAGCUGAGACAGCACAGUACGCCCGCACUGCUGCAGCAGACGCGGAUGCAGCAGCAGCAGCAGCAGCAGCAGACGCGGAUGUAGCAGCAGCAGCAGCAGACGCAGCAGCAGCAGCAGCAGCAGACGCGGAUGCAGCAGCAGCAGCAGCAGUUGUAGAUGACACGCUCGCAGCAGCAGGAGAAGCCGAUGCUGGGGGAGAACCCGCUUCAGCAGCAGCAGGUGCUGCACCAGAUGCUGCUGCUGCAGCAGCAGCAGAUGCUGCGGUUGCAGCAGCAGAUGCUGCGGCAGCAGCAGCAGAUACAGCAGCAGCAGCAGCAGAUACAGCAGCAGCAGAGGCAGCAGGAGCAGCAACAGGAGCAGGUGCAGCAGCAGAUGCAACAGCAGCAGAGACAGAAGCAGCAGCAGAUGCUGCGGCAGCAGCAGCAGAUACAGCAGCAGCAGAGGCAGCAGAAGCAGCAACAGCAGCAGAUACAGCAGCAGAUGUAGCAGCAGAUGCAGCAGCAGAUGCAGCGAUAGUAGCAGCGGCAGCAGCAGAUGCAGCAGCAGCAGCAGCAGCAGCAGAAGCAGCAGCAGCAGCAGAAGCAGCAGAGCAAGACAAAGAGGAGAAAGAGAGAGAUAUAAAGGAGUGGGAGGGGGGAGACAAAAACAAAGAAAAAGAAAAAGAAAAAGAAAAAGAAACAACAGAGAGAGACAGAGAAAACAAAGAGACAGAAAAAACAACAGAGACAAAGGAGACAGAUGAGAUAAAGGAAGCAACUGCUGCAGCUGAUCCUGCUGCUGCCGGCGGCCAUGAAGCAGCAGCAGCAGCAGCAGCAGCAACAGCAGCAGCAGCAGAUGCUGCAGCAGCAGAAGCAGAAGCUGAUCCUGCUGCUGCCGGCGGCCAUGAAGCAGCAGCAGCAGCAGCAGCAGAAGCAGCAGCAGCAGCAGAUGCUGCAGCAGCAGAAGCAGAAGCAGCAAGCGGAGACCCUGCAGCGAGUGCUGCGGCGGAAGAAAAGAGUAGCUAUUCUCCUCAGCUUGGGGGGCCCCCCACCACCGGUACCCCUUCUGGGGGGCCCCCUUCACUGCCCCUGGGGCCCCAACCCGGGGGCCCUCAGGCUCCAGGGGGCCCCCAGGAACUAGAGGCCCCCCAGGUCCCAGGGGCCCCCCAGGAACCAGGGGCCCCGCAGGACCCAGGGGCCCCCCAGGGCCCAGGGGCCCCCCAGGACCCAGGGGCCCCCCAGGACCCAGGGGCCCCCCAGGACCCAGGGGCCCCCCAGGACCCAGGGGCCCCUGAGGGGGCCCUUGAAAGCCCCAUAGAUUUCGAGGCCUCUAUUGCCGCUGGGGCCCCUGGGGCCCCUGGGGGCCCCGGGGCCCCCGGGGCCCCUGAAGUACCCCUUGCAGCUGCAGCAGCAGAAGAGGAAAGGGCACCGGCAGCAGACGGGGAAGCUUGUGAUACAGCGAGAACAGCUGCAGCUGCUGCUGCAACAGCAGCUGUAACGGCGGCAGCAGCAGCUGCUGCUGCUGCUACAAAAGCAAAGGAAGCAAAAGAUUCAACGGGAGCAGCAGCAGCAGCAGCAGCAGCAGAAGCGGCGACGUGUGCAGCAGCAGAAACUGCAGCAGAAGAAGCAGCUCCUGCAGCAGCAGAAGCAGCAACAGAAAGAGAAUCGCAUGCAGCAGCAGGAGACGCAGAAGCAGCAGGAAUAGAGGAAGCAGCAGCAGAAGUAACUGCAGCAGCAGCAGCAGCAGAAUCAACUGCAGCAGCAGCAGCAGAAGCAACUGCACCAGCAGCAGCAACAGAAGCAACUGCAGCAGCAGCAACAGCCGACGAUGCAACUGCUGAUGCAGCAGCAGCACAUGCAGCAACGGAAGCACCAGCGGCUCGCGCAGCAGCAGCAGAAGCAGCAACUGCAGCAGCAACUGCAGCAGAACCAGCAGCAGAAGAAGCAGCUGCUAAUACAGCAACUCCUCAACCAGCGAGUGCAGCAGCAGCAGCUGCUGCUGCAGCAACGGCGGCAGCAGCAGCUGACGACGCUGCAGCAGCAACUGCAGCAGAGGACGAAACAGCAACCGCUGCUGUAGCUGCUGCUCCUGAUUCCUCCCCAGCAGCAGCAGCAGCAGAUGUUGCUGCUGCUGCUGCUGCUGCUGCUGCUGCGCAAUCACCAGAAGAAGCACCCGAUGCAGCAGCAGAAGAACUAGGUCCUAGCACAGCUGCAGCAGCACGAGCAGCAGCAGAAGCAGCUGCUGCAGCAGCAGAGGAAGCUGCUGGCGCAGCAGCAGAUGCAGCAGCACCCACUGCUGCAGUGUCAGCAGCAGAAACAGCAGCAGAUGCAGCAGCAGCAGAUGCAGCAGAAGCAGCAGCUGCUGCUGAUGCAGUUGAUACCAUGGCCCCUACCUCAGCAGCAGAAGAAGCAGCAGAAGCAGCAGCAGAAGCAGCAGCAGAAGCAGCAGCAGACGCAGCAGCAGAAGCAGCAGCAAACGCAGCAGACGCAGCAGCAGGUGCAGAAGCAGGGGCAGCUGCCGACGCAGCAGCUUCUGGCGCAGAAACUACUGCAGCAGCAGGCGCUGCAGCAGCAGGCACUGCAGCAGCAGGCGCUGCAGCAGCAGACGCUGCAGCAGCAGCAGCAACAGGGGAAACAGCAGCAGAAGCAGCAGCAGAGCCAGCAGCAAACGCAGCAGCAGAGUCAGCGGCGCAGACAGCAGCAGAUGCAGCAGCAGGAGCAGCAGCAGACGCAGCAGCAGAAGCAGCAAUAUAUGCAGGGGAUGCAGCAGCAGACACUGCAGAAGAGACAGCAGCAGAAGCAGCAGUAGAAGCAGCAGCAGCAGAUGCAGCAACAGACGCAGCAGCUUCUGAUGCAGCAGCAGAUGCAGCAGCAACAGAGGAAGCAGCAACAGAUGCAGCAGCAACAGAGGCAGCAACUGAAGCGGUAGCUGCUGCUGCAGUAUCUCCAGCAGCAGCAGAGGCAGCAGCAGAUGCAACAACAGCUGACGCAUCAGCUGAUGCAGCAGCAGCAGCAGCAGCAGACACAGCAGCAGCAGCAGCAGCAACAGCAGGCCCAGCAGCAGAGGCAACAGCGUCUGAUGCAGGAACUAUUACAGCAGCAGACGCAGCAGCAGAAGCAGCAGCAGCUGCAGCAGCAAAUCAAAUAGUAGUUGCAGCAGCAACGGAGACAGCAACCGACGCAGCAGCAGAAAGCGAUGCAGCAGUAGAAGCAGACACAACAGCAGCCGCAGCAGCAGCAGCAGCAGCAGCAGCAGCAGAUGUAACAGUAGGCGCAGCAGCUGCUUCUGCUGCAGCUCCCGGGCCAGCAGACGCAGCAGCAGAAGCAGCAGCCACUGAAGCAGAAGCUAGUGCAGCAGCAGCAGCAGCAGCAGCAGCAGAGACCGCAGCAGACGCAGCAGCAGGACCCGCAACAGACGCAGCAGCAGCAACAGCAGCAGAUGCAGCAACAAACGCAGCGGGAGAAGCAACUGCAGCAGCAAAUACAGCCGAAGAAGCCGCAGCUGCUGAUACAGCAGCGCCGGUGGCAGCAGAAGCAGCAGCAGACGCAGCAGCAGCAGACGCAGCAGCAGACGCAGCAGCAGACGCAGCAGCAGCAGACGCAGCAGCAGACGCAGCAGCAGACGCAGCAGCAGACGCAGCAGCAGCAGACGCAGCAGCAGCAGACGCAGCAGCAGACGCAGCAGCAGAAGCUGCAGCAGCAGACGCAGCAGACGCAAGAAACGAUGCAGCAGCAGACACAGCAGCUGCUGCGGCAAGCAGCUGCAGCAGCAAAUCAAAUAGUAGUUGCAGCAGCAACGGAGACAGCAACCGACGCAGCAGCAGGAAGCGAUGCAGCAGUAGAAGCAAACACAGCAGCAGCAGCAGCAGCAGCAGCAGCAGCAGCUGA